CCCUGUCUCCCUGUCUCUCUCAGGAAAAGCCUGGUGGAGCCGGGGUGGAAAGCAGGGCUCGAGGUUUCCGCCUCGGUACCAGCUACCGGCGUUAGCGGGGCCCCUGUCAGAGGCAGCGGGGCCAUGCGGGGGCAGUGAUGCCAUCGCUGCGGGGCUGCGAGAUCCCUCCCAGUCAGAGCGAUGGAAGCGAGUCCCAUCGUGACGUCCAAGCAGCGGGAGGAGGUGGUGCACGGGGUGCCGACGGAGGUGGUGUGCACGGCCUUCUCCAACUCGGUCCUCGUGGUGGUCACACAGUACGGCAAGAUGGGGACCAUCGUCUACGUGGACCCCAACACCAUCGGCGACAACGUGGGCAGGCCCUCGCUCACCACGAAGGUGCUGCUGGGCAAGGAUGAGCCCCUCGUUCAUGUCUGUGCCAAAAACCUGGUGGCAUUCGUGUCGCAGGAAGCUGGGAACAAACCUGUUCUCCUCGCCAUGGCUUUAAAGGACAAAACCAUGGAAGGAAUACAGGCUCUACGAGAAGUGAUCCGGAGUUGCCAAGUGUGGUGAAGUUGUGCCAUCUGGAUUCAAGGAAAUGAUCUUGAGCCCAUGACUCAUCACCACCUAUUUAAAAGGACUAGAAAUGAAAAUGAUGGAAUGUC